AUGGAUUAUACAAAAAAAUUCGGCAAAGUGUGGGGUUAUCAAGAGGGACCAACGAAUGUCUUGGUGAUCUCUGAACUCAAAGCCGUCAAAGAGAUGCUGCACUCGAGAUUCGAUGAUUUUCAACAAAGAAAGGGAAAUCCCCUCUUUCAACCGGAAGCCGACGAUCCACAGGCACAUCUGGUUGAUUCAUGGGGUGCUCGAUGGAAGCGUUUGAGAGCUCUUGUCUCUCCUCAAUUCUCCAAUAAUAGCCUUAAAAAGAUCUUCCCAACAGUCACUGAUUCAGCUCAACAUUUAGUUUCUCACAUCGGAAAGAAUGCUGGUGAAGCUCCAAUUGACAUUCACACUUAUUAUCAAGAAUACACGAUCGAUGUAAUCUCAAGAAUUGCAAUGGGACAAAAAGAGACAAUGCAAUGGAAAAGUGAAUACGCGGAACAGCUAAGAUUUGCUUUUGCUCGAGAUCCUCGUGAACCGUUCUUCAUUAUGGCCACAGCAAUUCCUUUUUUGAGAAAAUACUUCCGUGCUUUCUUCAUCUUCUUGGCUAGACGCUUCAAACUAGCAGCUGCUGAAUUGUUGAUAAAAAUCGAGAAAGCGGUGGCUGAGAGAAAAGCUCUGAGAGCAAAAGGAGAAAUGUCAUCAAAAGAAAAGGAACUUGUUGACUUCAUCGAUUUGUUUUUGGAUGCUGAAGCUGAUGUUGAUUUGAAAGCAGAAGAAGGGCUCAGCGGGAAAAAUGCUCAUAUCGUUCGUCAAAUGUUAGAAGAAGAGGUGGUGAUGCAAUGCUUUCUGUUCCUUUUGGCUGGUUUUGAUACAACAUCAAAUUCUCUCUCCUACUCAACUUGGUAUCUGGCAAAGCAUCCUGAAAUCCAGCGCCGUCUUCAAGAAGAGAUCGAUCAAGUUUGCGGUGAUAGGGAAAUUUCCUAUGAUGAUCUGAGUGAGCUUAAAUUUAUGGAUUGUGUAAUCAAAGAAGCUCUUCGACUCAAUCCUCUUGGAACUGUUGUCGUUAGCAGAGUGGCUGGUAGAGAUCUGGAACUUGCCGGUGUUCAACUCGAGAAAGGAGAUGAAAUUCAAGUCGAUGUCUACUCGCUUCAACGAAGCAAAGAGAUCUGGGGAGCUGACGCGGAUCAGUUCAAUCCAGAUAGAUGGAUUAAUCUAACGUCUGAUCAAAAAGAAGCAAAUCUCUCUUUUGGAGCUGGACCUCGACAAUGUGUUGGCAUGAGACUUGCUUAUAUUGAGCAGAAAGUCGCCUUUGCUAAAGUACUCCGAGAUUACGAUUUUGUUUGUGGAGCGAAGACUGAGAAAGAACUCGAUUUGUUUGGAUGGAUCACCGUUUCUCCCAAGAGUGUCACUGUUGAUAUCAGAAAACGAGCAAAA